AUGUCUUCUCUCACCCCUGAGCGCUUUGCCCGCCUUCACCCUGUCCACCACAUGAUCUUCGACUACCUCUCCCAAUCCUCCCCAUACCUCGUUCUCCGGCUCAACAAGUACCACCGCCGACGCAUCAUUCCCAACUUGUAUCACACCUUCACCAUCACUACCAAGUCCCUGGGGGCAUUUGACUGCGGUUUGACGGGCGAGGAUCCGCUGCUACCGCUCGCUAUCAAUCAGGUAAAGGUGCUCAGGGUAGUAAAUACCGAAUCUGCGAUUCUCUUUGAGCAUCUCCGUCUACGUGACGAUGAAAGAUGGGUGUUCCCUCUCCAUCUACGUGACGAUGAAAGAGGGGUGUUCCCUCUCCGUCUACGUGACGAUGAAAGAGGGGUGUUCCCCUCUGAACUCAAAGUUGUGCGGGUGGAGUUCUCGUGGGCAGUCAUCCGGGACGGCUACUUCUUGAGAAUCCAAGGCCGCUUGGGUGACGUAGGCAAGUACACAAUCCUGGAAGAAGUCGCGCGCAGCGAUCAUCUCGCAGAAGCUCUCGUUCACGUCGACUGUGGCGAUGAAUGGGCAUCACACGAUAGCAACGAGCUGGGAUGUAUCCCUUGGAUGUUCCACGAUCGCUCCGUGGAUAUCAAUACCACCAUUGUCUUGCACGCCCCCACUCAUGGCCGAAUAUACUUCCCGCUAGGCGAGAGGCUUCCUCUACCUUCUCCGUCGACACUCCGAUUUGUGCUCUGGUCUACGCCCGAGAAGAAGGAGCAGAUACAUCCGGGAGACCCGCGGCCCAUCCCUAUUCCCCCUCCAGGCGUCUUGGAAGAUUUCGCGCGGUUCAUUGCUCUCAGCACUGCAGCUUUGGAGCAAGAUUGGGUCGAGGCAUCGUUAUAUCCAGGUGAAGUGCUCGAAGAAGGAUUUGUGUACCCACUUGCUAUUGAGGUAGUGUGCCCGAGCCCGAUCUAUGUGGAAGAGCUUGCCAGGACUUUUUACCGACCCGAUCAACGCAAGGCAAAAGGUUUCGACUGGGCGCCGCGAUUCCGAAAGCUGGACAGGGAGCUAGUCGAUAAUUACGAUUUGUGGAGCACAAAAAUGUAG